AUGAAUGCGACCCACAGCUGCACAGCAGAGAUGCCUUAUGAGUUCCUCCCUCGACUCAAAGGGCUGUACAUCGCCACCGAGCUCCUCAUCGGUGUUCUGGCCAUCAUCGGAAACCUCCUGGUCUGCCUGGCUGUCACCCGCAACAAGAAGCUUCGCACGGUCACCAACUACUUUCUGGUUUCCCUGGCGGUGUCGGACAUCCUGGUGGGUUUGGUGGCCAUUCCCUGUGCAGUGCUGACGGACCUGGGUCGACCGCGCCACAACCUGCCCCUGUGCCUGGUGCUGGUCAGCGUCCUGAUGGUGCUCACACAGAGCUCCAUCCUGAGUCUGUUGGCCGUGGCAGCAGAGCGCUACAUGGCCAUCCUCCUGCCCUUCGAGUACCAGCGCAUGAUGAGCCCCAGGAACGCCCAGUGGGCGCUGCUGGUCACCUGGGGCCUCGGGGCCAUCUCCGGCACCGUGCCGCUCAUGGACUGGAAACGACAACCAGCAGACUCCAACUACUGUAUCUUCACGUGCGUGGUGAACAUGAGCUACAUGGUCUACUUCAACUUCUUCUGCUGCCUCCUGGUUCCCCUGGUGGCCAUGAUCAUCAUCUACAUCCACAUCUUCCUCACCGUACGCCGUCAACUCAGACGCAUCGCCGUGAGCAGAGGAGCCGGCAAGGACGUGAGGGCCAGCGCCUGUGGGAGCAGCGAGACCGGGACAGAGGACUCUGUCAUAUCAGCUUCUGGAGGGAGAGAAGGCCCAGGAGGGGAACCCGACCUGGGAGACAUCACACAGCUGGAGGAGAAGAAGAUCAAGGUUGAAGUCAGGUCUGGCACCGGGUCUCUUAUUAACACUGAGACGUCCACAGUCUUCACAAAGUUCGGGUUCAGGAUCGCCUCAGCUGGUUUUGGCUCUGCUCCCGCUGACCUCCGUCCAGGAGAGUCCUCCGUGGCCAAGUCCAGCGCCCGCUCCUCCCAGGAGCUGCGGAAGGCCACCUCCCUCUUCCUGGUCCUCUUCCUCUUCACCGUGUGCUGGCUGCCCAUCCACCUCAUCAACUGCAUCCUGCUGUUCUGCCCAAACUGUAACGUGCCCAUGUCGCUCACGCUCUCCGCCAUUCUGCUUUCCCACGCCAACUCGGCCCUGAACCCGAUCCUGUACGCGUACAGGAUGAGGUCAUUCCGACACACGCUGAUAGGAAUGUGGAGGGGGGUGAGGAGCGCUGGGCCGAGGCACCAGUAG